UGCAACUUUGAUAAAGGCGAUUCAGGAUUUGUCAACAGUUAUACUUGUAACGUACUAGUUACUACUAUGUCAUAUUGUCAUUAGUCAUACUCAUCCAACUAAACUCAAAAUCCUCAUCCAAUCUCCAAUUCAAUUCUUGCAGACAUGAUUCUGCAAACCCAAUCUCUUUCUUCUCACAUUUUCCCUUCCAAAUUACUCCCAACCCAGAAACACAAAUCCUCAAAAUCCCUCAAUUUUCUCUCUCUUAAACCAAACCCAACUCGCAAUUUCCCUAUAAAAUGCUCCAUUUCAGUAGCUUCAGACCCAACAACAACAACCCAAAUCAAACCUUUCCCAGCUGAAGUUUCUAGAACUAUAAUGGAAUUAUCUUCAUGUGGGACCCUUUCUACUUUGACCCAUGAUGGUUGGCCCCUUGGAAUUGGUGUUCGUUUCACUGUUGAUUCAGAUGGCACUCCAAUUUUAUGCUUAAAUCUCUCUAAUCGACAUUUCUCCAUUGAUAAGAGGUCCACUCUUCAUGUUCAGCUACAGCAAUCUGGAGUGAGGACUCCACAGUGCACUAUACAAGGUAGCCUGGAUAAACCUGAGGAUAAAUUGGUCCUGAAGAAGCUUCAUUCAGCAUGGCAAAGAAGAUAUGGGGAAGAGAUUCAUGAAGACCUCAUGUAUGUUGUCUCUGUGGAUCGCGUACUGCAGCUAGAAGAUUUUCAGGAGGAUGGUGUGUGGGUGACCUCUUCAGAUUAUAAAAAUGCACACCCAGAUCCUCUAAGAGAUAUUGCUGAAAAGAUUGUGGGUGAGAUAAAUGCGAACAACAUGGAGGAUGUGCUUCGGUUUUGCACCAUUUAUGCAGAUUUGCAAUUUCAAGUAUCAGAGGCAAAAAUGGUGUGGGUUGAUCGGUUGGGUUUCGACAUGCGUCUCUAUUCACCUCUUAGUGGUACAUAUGAGAUUCGGAUCCCAUUCCCUAGGGAAGUGACGGACAUGAAGGGUGUUAAAUCCACAUUUAAUGGGAUGUCUCAAGUUGCUUGGGAAGUUGAGAAGAAUUACUAUCCCCUAGAUUUUAAGAGAGUUAAACAAGUAAAGAAGCUUGCAGCGACGGGAUUAUAGAGGACUAUGGAUUUUUUUGGCUAACAGUAAGUGACCUUCAUCUUCCCCCCUGAGAAACACAACUCUUUAGCUCGCCAUUGUUUGAGAUUGAGUACUAGCCACUUCUUAUAUUUGUUCCGGAUGCAUGGCUGUCUUUGUUAGCCAGUUAGAUUAUGGGCUAAAUUUGCAAGUGAUGAAACACUUAUCAUAGCAGAGUAUCUUUGAAAUUGGUAGUUGCGGAUUGUAAUUGUAUCAUCCAUUAUUCAAUCAUAUUGAUCUGUGGUGUUGAUUGGCA